CUGAGCAAGAUAUGUUGGGGCAGCAGCCAAAAAGUUCACUGCACUGAUUUCUAACACAURGUAAGAUUUACAUCGGCACGUUCAAACUAGCAAAACUACUUGUGAAAGCUUACAGGCAACAAAAUAUAUUGGGUGGAAGACAAGCCAAGUCCAUUGUGUUGGAACCAUGGUCGUUGGGAAGAAGUUGGCCAAAGAGUCCCUGCUGCCGUCUGUGCUGGAGGAUGAUGACGCGGAGACGGAGAGCGAGAAAGCGCAGCUGGGUGGGAUAGGGAGCCGACCACCCAGCAGACCCAGGAAAGCUUUCAGUAGGGGAAGUGUUGACAGACAGACAGUGACCCGGUCAGGGUCCGGCCGCCACUCUAGCCCUGAGGGGGAGGUGUCAGUCAGGGGUGAGAGAAAGGAGGAUGAGGGGGAAGAGGAGGAAGAAGAGGUCAGUGGAGGUGGCGAUGGAGACACACAGGAGAGGGGGAAGGAAUGUGUCAUCACAGCUUCAGAUGAGGACUAUGACACAGACUUGGAGCUGGGAGAUGUGAGGGAGGCGUAUGACCCGACGGGCCAGACUCGAUACAGGGAGGCGUGUAGAAUGUUCAACGUAGUCCCUGUAUCCUAUUUCCUGAAACACAUGGGCAACACUGAGCUGACCAUGAUGCACCAUGGCCUAGGGCCUCAGGGCACCAAAGCACUGGCGGUUUCCUUGGUAACCAACACUUCCCUCCUGAAGCUGAACCUCAGGGAUAAUUGCAUGGAAGGGACUGGCGGGGCUGCCAUGGCCGAGAUGUUAAAGGAGAACUGUUACAUCACAGAAGUGGACUUGGGGGAGAACAGGCUGGGGGAGUGUGGUGCCCAGACCCUGUCCAGUAUGCUGCUGGAGAACACCACACUGGUCUCACUCAGCAUGUCCGGGAACGAGCUGGCUGACCGGGCCGCACAACACCUGGCCCAGACCCUAACCUCCAACAUGCCCAGACCCUGUCCAGGCACCAAAGCACUGGCGGUUUCCUUGGUAACCAACACUUCCCUCCUGAAGCUGAACCUCAGGGAUAAUUGCAUGGAAGGGACUGGCGGGGCUGCCAUGGCCGAGAUGUUAAAGGAGAACUGUUACAUCACAGGUGGGCACUCCACCAACUUCCAAUCCGAGGCCCAGGGGACUCAAGAAGGCGGCGGUGCCACCACACCCAUCGCACGCCGACCUCACUCACUGCCAUCCUUACAGUGGACUUGGGGGAAACAGGCUGGGGAGUGUGGUGCCCAGACCCUGUCCACUGGAGCCCUAGACCUCAGUCACACACCCAUAGGAGAUGCAGCAGGUCAGGUCCUGGGACAUGCUAUCGCUGAGAACACAGGGCUGAAAUCAUUGAGUCUGGCCUGGAACUGUAUACGCGGGAAAGGAGCGGUGGCUUUGGCUAAAGGCCUUGGGGCCAACAUAUUCCUCAGAACACUGGAUCUGUCUUACAACGGCCUGGGUAAGGAUGGAGCCGUAGCUUUAGGAGAGGCUCUCAAAGACAACAACACUCUAGAGGACCUCAAUAUAAGUAACAAUCGAAUACCCCCUGAAGGUGCGAUCCGCUUCACCAUGGGCCUGAAAGUAAACAAGACAAUAAAAAAACUKAAUAUGGGGAGGAAUCCUAUACAGACUGCCGGMUGUUACGGAGUCCUGAAAGCAAUCCAGGGAAACCCAGAAUCAGCUAUGGAGUGCCUGGACUUUUCUGACAUAACAGUGAAUCAGGACUUUGAGGAUUUGUACGUUGCCUUAACAGACAUAUUCCCAAACAUCCGAGUCAAACAUGGAGGAAGAAUCGACACAUUCAGAAAACCAAAGGCCUAAUGGCCUGGUUUGACCCAUCAAGAGGAGAUAUUUUCUUCAAGACAGCAAAGUAUCUGGAAUAUCAGAUGUUUAUGAAAUCUAGGUGAAUUGAAUGCACAAUGCAUUGACAACCUUUCUCACCUACAGCACCAAGACAACUUGUCAAUUGUAUUGAAGAACUACAGUACUUGUACUUUACAUCUUAGUGCUUGUGGAAAUGGGUAUUCAUUUUUGGGAACAUCAUGAUCUGUAUAAAUUAUAUAUUGCUUUCACAUCCUAUCUGUACUGUGUACAUUCCUAUAUGGUCUAUGUUGGACAAUGUGUACAGAUAAUAGUGCCUACCCACCAGACCAUCACACUCAUAUUUUCAACCUGGACUCAGGGGUAGACUUUAUAUAGUAAACAUAAUCCUGAGCACUCCAAUUAGGGUGUGAAUGUUAUUUGUAAUUAGAUAGAGAAAAUCGGACCUCUCUGAAAUGAAAAUGGAUGGCCAUCCCUUCAGCUAAGUUUAUUUMACCUAAACCCUCCCUGGACGCUUGAAAAAUAACAAGUGACCCUCCCCUAUACCCAAAAGAAUAAUGAAAACAUAAUGUGGAUAGCAAAGAACAUCCUUACCUCACUUCCUGGACAGACCAGAGCCUUAUGCCGUUUUAGAAACUGUUCUUAGUCCUGUAAGCAUUACAUGGCAACGCAUGGCUUGGGGGCCAGAAGAUUGCGGGUUCACAGACCACUAUGGACAACAGUAGGGGUGGAAAAAGUAUUGAAUUAAUCUAUCAUCGUAUUUCCAGGUCCGAGAGAAAAAAUAGCCGUUUAUAAAAAUGUCAUGCAAUUCUGCAUAAUUUUACAUAUUAGCWAAAUAUUUUUUGAUACCACACAAAUGCCUGAUUACAGGCUACGAAUGGCCAGAGASCUAGGCCUAUGUGUUCAUCUUAUCAUAUUCCUCCAAUGCCAAAUCAGUGUGUCUUAUUUUCAACGAAACUCUCCCUGUUUGCAAAUAAUGAAAURAGAAAUGUCAUAAGGAAUCUGAGGAUGGUGGUUUCAAAAGUUAGGUCUACCUUUCCACCCCAGACAGUAGGCCWACCGACACAGAAAAAAAUGUAAGCUUUAACUGCUGGCGACUCUUCUUCCUUGGCUUAACUCAACAGAGGUAACAAAUGUUUUCUAAAAGCUGUCUGAGUUUAAACAUCUUCUAUUGUACAGAAUGUAAAUAGCUUAAUCAAUUGAUAGUGACAGAAUUAGAUUACUUCCCAAGCAACKAUGUUCUGUCUCCUCGGCUAUAGAAGAUUGUAGCUCAGUCUCUGAAUGUCAAAGAAAUUAAACAAUGAUAUCCCCCAUAUGCAUUGGAUUCAUGUUUUUCCGGUGUAUUUUUCAGCUUGUUUCUAGCAUAAAGCAUUGCCGACCAAAGCACUGUUAUUGAUCUUUUUAUAACAUUUUUGCAAAAUCUUAAGCUAACAA